UGUGGUUUAGAAUAUGAACUUAAUACAAAUUUGAAAUCAGAAGAUUCGCUGUGUAACAGAAAUUGUUUUGGUGACCUUCAAUAUGGAUGUGGAGGAUAUAGAGUUAUGGCCGUAUACCAGUUAUUCGGUGUUAGUACAACAAAGAAUGACGUGAUAUCGUCAACGGGAGAAACUGCUAUAACAGCGAAAAUGUACACUAUACAAUCUUCAGACGAAAUCAUGACAGCCACGGCAGGUUUAAGUUAUUCUGAAGAAACAACAGCACCAUGGAAUACACGAAUUGAAAAAAAUAGUACAAAUAUGGAACAAAGACCAAACUUCUCAAUAAAAACAACGGUUCCACCCUCUAUACGUGGAGAAACAUUUGUCACUAACAUAACAUAUUCUUUAGAAACAACGGAGCCAUACUCUGCAAAUUAUGUCAACAAAGGUAUCAGUGACGUGACAAUUGAACCCACCCUCCUCAUAGAAACAACGCAAUGGUACACUUCUAAUUUGCCGCUGAACUACUGCAAAUGUCCAUGUCAUACCGUUAACUCCAAAUGGAAGAACAUUCUUCAUUCUAAUAUAUCGAAACAAGAAAUUCUUUAUUUAAUUGAAGACGAAGUUAAGGAAAUUCAAAAAGAAAUUGCUAUCGACAAAACAGCUACAAGUGCAUAUCUUAGACGUAAAUCUAGUGCCACCGACAAAAGAACAUCGUCAGUGACUGUGGGGAUACUAGCGGUUAUAAUUAUUGUCGUGGCUUUAAUGUUUUUUGUUUGUUUCGAUUGCGUUUCAGUUUACCAGAAAAUCAAUAACUAAUUGAUAUAUUUCUAGUCGAUAUUUUCAUCUUUAAUGUUUCUCACUGUUUAAAACUAGACAUUAAAAAAAUCAGGUAAAUGUCAAACUGCAACAUAUGUUUAGUUUUUUUCUUCAUUUGUAUCGAUUGGUGCUUGUAUAUAUCGCAAUAACUGUAAAUUUUAUGCUGUAUAAUUGUCAGAUAUUUAUCAACAAGUGCAAGCGUUACCUCUUCAAGCUGAAGUACGUUAACUCUACCGAAACAUCCUUCAAAUGGUCAUAGGACAUUCGAUAUUUAUUAAUUUUUGAAUUGUGUCUAACAACUUGUGAUCUUGUCAUUAAUAUUUGAAUGA